UCAGAAUGUCUCGUUUUGCCGUCCUCGUCCUGUGUGCCCAGGCUUGCCUGAUUCAGGCGGUAUUCAGCCAACAGUGUGGUUGCUCUUACGGGUCCCCCGGCCUCAUCGAAGUAGAGAAAAUAAACCUCAGUGCCCCCAGUGUCAACAUCGGCUACAGCUCACCCAGCAUCAGCGUGAGCGCGCCCGGCUACAGUCAGAGCUACGGCGCGCAGUACGGCGGCGCGGGCACCGGCGCGGUCGGCGUGACCGGCGAGAUCGGCGCGAGCGGCCAGACCGCCGUCGUCGGCUCCGUGCCCGUGCUCGGCACGGUCGAGUUCUGCGGCACCGUGCCUGCCUCCGGCUCCGUGUCCAUUUCCGGACAGUGCGGAUGCGGAUGCAAAAAUUAAGGUUUAAUAUUAAACAAAAUAAAAUUAAUAAGCUGAA